GGAAUUUUGGAUUACUGAUUACAAAACCAGAAACCAGUCUGGGUAAUACCGUUAACUCGCUUACAAGUUUGAUUCAAUCUGUGGUUCUCUUGAUUGUUUCUUAUUAUAUUUUAAUUUUAUGAUACUUUUGGAUCUGUUAUCCAGGAAAACACGUACACGAUCUUCAAAACACACGCUGGCUCGAUAUCUGGGAAACGGAUCCUUGGAUUAGCAGCUUGAACUUGGCGAGUUUCGUGCACACCAGAAAAUUUGUGAAACUGCAAAUCCAAUCUGGUUUGGGCUGUCCAGCAUCAUCCUUAUUGACGAGGGCCUAAGUGACCAUAACCGUAGUCAUCUGGGUUAUGGCAACAGAAAUGAACAGAGACGAGAGUGAUCGCUGCAUCCAAAUUGCCCAGCGAAGUAUCGAAGCAGGUGAUCUCGAGAAGGCUGUUCGCUUCCUGGAAAAAUCGAUAAAACUGUUCCCCACUUCACGUGCCCAAGAUCUCUUGGACGAGGUGGCCCAGCUUCGUCAGGAGCGACAGGACCGUCCGGAUGACAACCAGGAGAACAAUCCGGACGAACCGUCCCCUGAGCAGCCAUCACGAUCUCGUUCCUCCUCCCACCCUCGUCAGCGUCGUAAACCUCCGGCCUCUCCGGAAUUUGCUGAAUCUCGUCCCGGAUCGGAUACUCACAAAGAGUACACCGACGAACAGAAUCAGGCUGUGAUCCGCGUGAAAAAGUGUACGACAUUCUAUGAAGUGCUCCAAGUGGAGAAGACCAACUUCUCCGAAGCGGUGCUGAAAAAGCAGUACAGAAAAUUGGCCUUAGUAUUACACCCGGAUAAAAAUAAAGCGCCACAUGCUGGUGAGGCGUUCAAGAUUGUCGGAAAAGCUUACGCUGUGUUGUCAAAUCCCCAGAAAAAGGUGGAUUAUGACACCCAUGGAGAAAAUUACGAGACAACGCGGUAUGAACAAUCAUCCGCGCGCCGUACGGGUCGACGACGGUAUUACCGUAGUGGGAAUUUCAUGUUCUACGAGGACGAUGUGUCGGCCGAUGACAUCUUCAAUAUGUUCUUCGGAACGGGGUUCCAGAGGUUCAAUCAGGAGGCGGACGAUGACCGGGCCGACUAUUCGCGUCAAGGCAAUGCUGGUGGAGGCCAACAGCGCCAAACCAGCAUCGUGACGUUGCUGUUGCAGUUGUCCCCGCUGCUCUUGUUCCUUGGGUUAAGCGCCCUGAGUUCCUGGACAUACACGGAGCCCAUGUUCAGUCUCCAUCAGUCGGUCAAAUAUCCCAAUCCGAAAAAUACUCGCGAUUUAGGAGUAAGAUUUUACUACAAGGACGACUUGGACAAGCUGACCAGUAAAGAUUGGUAUAAUAUCGAGAGAAAUGUGGAGGAAGUGUAUAUGAGCAAUUUGAAAGAGAACUGCAUGCGGGAACGGGCGUACAAGGAGAAUGUUAUCUGGCGAGGAAAGUUGUACGGCGAUGUGAAAUUAAUCAACAAAGGCAAAGACUUGACCACGCCAUCGUGUGACAAUUUAGCUUCUGCAUAUGAAAAAUUAGCGCAUGCAGCUUGAUACAGCGCUCUAAGGAAGGAAAUGUGGAUGUACAAUCAUUACAAAAGAUGGCAGUCAGAAAUUCCUUUGGUUCCCCCACUGAUUAGCGUCUGUGACAUUUCCCAUUUUGAUAAAUGACAGAUCAUAGUACCGUACUCUCGUGUGUCUCUGGAACUGAUUGUCAAAUGUUUUGUUUAUUGGUUUCGUGUUGUUUUUAUCAUUUUUCCCGGUGUGAGGCGUUGCUUUUGCCCAAAGUUAAGUUUCUGACGAUAUUACGUCAGGUGAUGCUUUUGCUCUGAUAACAUAAGCCCUCUUUUUGGUAAUAUUAUGGUCACAUUGGAAGUUAUUGUGAGCUACUGUGCUUUAUAUUAUUUUAAAAUGAACUCUGAAUAUCCAUGGA